GGCGCUUCAGUCGCAUCGUGUCGCUCGUGGGGGGUGCAUCGACGCGCGUCCGCCUCGCUCCCAUCUCGCGUUCGCGUUCGCGGUGUAACUUGUACGUAGGGUACGGUGGCGUGUAUGCGUUCUCGCACGUGACACAUACGCACACGCUCGCCCGCACACGUAAAAAUACAUAUGUGCGUUUCAUGCUGUGAUACGAGCCGAGUGGCCGAGCGUGCAUGUGCCGGGAGCACCGCUGGAUGUACGUGAUCGCCUGGACGCGUCGCUGAUCGCCGUCUCUGACCUCUCCUCUCUUUCUCUCUCCCUCUCUCUCCCUUAUUCUUUUCUCCUCUCCUCUCUUCCCGUCUCUUCCUUUUUCCUUCUCUUCCUCGUCUUCCUCCUCUACGAACGCACCAAAUGUUCGCGCCGCAUGCCCCGAGUGCUCGCAGCACCGCCGCCGCUCGUUUUCGUCGCCGUCGUCGUGCCGUCUGACGGCGCGUCCGCCGUUCGGCAAACGAUCACCGCGUUCCGAUACGGUGGAUGACUCCGCCAGGAACGAAUCAGUAAAACAAGAAGAAGAAGAAGAGAAGGAGGAGGAGGAGAAGACACAGGAAUACGGAUCGCGAAGGCGCUAUAGCGAUAAGCGGAAGAGAGAGACGAUCUUCACCGAGUGUGAGAUCUUUUUCUCGCGAUACGUCCUCCGGUCCCGCGUACGGAUUUCCCUCGCGGGUUUCCCUCUAUAUUUCUCUCUCUUUCUCUCGCCGUUUGUCUCGUCACCCGGGGCCAUUUUGCCGAAAAUGAAAAUAACCCCGCGAGCCGCCUUUCGCGGGUUCCCCGCGUCCUCGCUCCUGCUCGCGAUCCUCGUCUGGUGCCACUGCGUGUGCUCGAUCGCGCACGCGAGAUCGCACCGCCUGAAGACGACGUCCAACGGCACCGAGCCCGCCGCCGACUGCGAGCUGGUCAGGUCGUUCUUCGACUCCAAGAACAUCACGCUCGCACCGGCCCCCGCGGACUCCCCGAAGACGAGAUGCGGUGGCAAGUGCUGCGGCGAAGAGAUGGAGGAGCGUCUGAAGCAACAAGCCCGGGUGGAGUUCCACGAUCUGAUCCAUCAUCACAGUAGAAGUCUACAAGGCCUCCUCGCCACCACCGCCGACGCUCUCAGAGAGACGGUGAUCGUGUUGCUGCGGAGGUCGGAGAACAAGACCCUGAUCAUGUUCGACCACGUGUACCGCUCGAUGGCGGUGCAGAGCAGAUCAUCGAUCCGAGGGCUCUACCAGGCGAUGAUGGACUACGUGUCGCCCGCCAACACCCCGGACAAUCUGCAGCAGCCGUUGACGCGCGAGACGCUGCAGGAGCGCAUCAACGAGUUCUUCACGCGGCUCUUCCCGAUCGCUUACCAUUAUGCCAUUAAUCCGCAUGGGGAUCGACAGGAUUUCACCGACAAGUUCAAGUCCUGCCUGUACGAGAGGAUCGACGAGAUACAGCCGUUCGGCGACACGCCCCAGGAUAUAUUUAAGAAGAUCGGCAAGAGCUUGGAGGCCACCAGGAUUCUGGUGCAGGCGUUAACACUCGGCAAAACUGUCCUCGACAAGACCGACAACGUGCUAUUUGCCACCGACAGCAGCAGUCCGCAACAGGAGGCCUGCUACGAUGCCCUGCUUAGGAUGACCUAUUGUCCCAAAUGCAUGGGAAUUGCAGAUGAUAUAAAACCCUGCAACGGAUUCUGCACGAACGUGGUGAGAGGCUGCCUGACGGAGCCGGCGUCCGAACUGGAUCUCGCGUGGUCCGGUUACGUGGAGACGGUCGAGAGGCUCGUCGCGGCGGUGAGCAGCAAUACCGAUUACCACGGUCUGAACGUCAGGUUCGCCGUCAGGGAGUUGGACUCCCGCAUUUCGGAUGCCAUCAUGCACGCGAUGGAGGACGGUCCGCGGCUCGAGGAGAAGGUGAGAAAGGUGUGCGGUCGUUCGGAGCUGCUGCCGUUCGACGAGAAGAGCCUAGUGUCCUCGGAUGCAGCUGCGAAAUCGUCCACGUCGUCCACCGGCGAGGUGCACGCAGCUGCGUCGUCGCCACACGCGCAAGACGACCUGCUGAACCAGUUGCACAAGCAGCUGGUUAACUUUCUGGCGAGCGUCCUCAGGUCCCGCAUCUUCUACGGCACGCUGGCAAUCUCGAUCUGCGAGGACAACCCCGACCAUCAUUGCUGGAACGGCGAACGCGUCGGAGAAUACACGAAAACCGUGGUGGAUUCCAGUUUGAGCGCUCAACGAUACAAUCCUGAAUUCACGAUAACGAUGUCGUCGACGCCGACCACCUACACCAGCAAUACGAACACCAGCGCGCUCAUUGAUCAAUUGAGGCACAUUAAUCAGGUGGUGCAGUCCCAAUUGGCGUCCGACUUCGGGCCCGACGCCUUCCUGGCCGACGAGGCCCUGGACGGUUCCGGAAGCGGGGACAGCCCGGGCUUUAGGCCGCACGGUAACGGCGAGAUCGACGACGACGAGGACGGCGACGACGACGACGAGGCGUCCGGCUCCGGAAACGGUCCCAUCACGACAGGUACAGACUCGUCGAUGAAGGCUCAUCCGAACGGUCCGCCCCACGACGGAUCGGGAUCGUCCACGAUCUUGCUAUCAUCCGUGGCCCUCGCUAUCGUCUGCGCAUCGCUUAUCGCUUAAUCGGUCGAAUUGCCGCAACGAGAGUACGAUUUCGAUCGCGAUAUUUAACGGCCCGGACGUAGGCGAACGUAGAUAAGGAGAGUUAAACUAGUUUCUCUGUCGCGAUCGGAGGAUUGUUAGCAGGUCGGACCUAUCCGCUUUUCGCGCGGGAUUCUUCCGGCGUGCGUGAAUGCCGAUGAGCAGCCUCGUAAGGAGGGGUUCACGGGUAGCUUCCGCCCGCCGGAAUCGCGUACGAGCGAUGCCGUUGAUAAUUUAUCGGUGGCGUGUUGGGCAGCGAAGCGAACUGUUCCUGCCGCGAUCCCGCUGGAAGGACGCCGCGGUUCUCAGUGAUAUAUCGAUGCGCAUGGAAUGUGUAUGCGUGUGUGUCUGUGUGCGUAUAUGCAUGUGUGUGUAUGAGAGGGAAAAAGAGGAACGGUUUGUAAAAGUAUAUGAUGGGGAGAAAGGGAAAGAGAGAGAGAGAGAGAGAAAAGAACGGCAAAACGGAAAGAAGCGAUGGGCGAACCGAGUCUGAGACGUCGCGCUUGUAAAACGCGAUGAUAAAUCUCGCGAUGUUUUUUCCAGGUGCAGUUUUUUUUUUUACAGCGACAGGAACGCUAGUUUUCUUUUUCGUGUAGAUAUCGAUACCGAGGAACUGGAGCGCGUAAUGUUCGCCUCGGUAGAACUCGAAAUUAACGUUUUGAAAAACAAAUGCAGUCUCUUUCCAAGGUUUAUAUUCAGAAAAGAGACUUUUUUCUAAGUUUGUAAUUUUGCAAGAUGCGUAGCAUUUAUGCUUUUUGCUUGAAGGGACAAGCGACAUGCCUUCUGACCCUAGAGAAUUGAGGAGAGUACUUUAUCACUGCGAGUUAGAUCUAGCCGAAGAGAGACGCGGGUCAGUAUUCUGCAUGUGACUUUGUUUUCGUAGUAAAUGUUCAAAAUUGGCGAUUUUAUUUUUCGCAAACCAAGUGAGAGAGGAAUCGGGAUUAACGUUGCUCAAACACGAAGCCGCGAGAGGAAAUUUAUUGAAACCGCGAUAUAAAUAAAUCGUUAGCCAAAAGGGUAUCGUAGAGACAUAUCCCGUUUAGAAAUUGCCAAGUACACCCGUUAUCUCACUCGACUGAUUUUACGCGUGCUUUCUCGCGAGAGCUAGAGACGAGCCGUGGAAAUGUAUGGGCCUAAAGAGAGAAAAGUUUCUGUCAAACGGAGCGUACUCGCGCUCGAGUGCCAGUAUUACAUAAGAAUGCAGGAUGGUCGCGGCAGCCAUCGAUCGCCGGCUCCAGGGAGGACAAAACUUCCGAUCCGAAGGUCGACGAGUCCGCGCUGUCCGACUCCGUUUAUCUUUCGCGAGAGGGGAAAAGUGUGUCGCGCGGCUCUGAGAAAUGGCUUCGAGGAGCGUCAACUCCUCUUUGUUAUAUCGGGUGUACGUGUUGUUAGUUUUGCGAUAAGGCGAGCGAUUCGCUGGGGAAGCGCCUAGAAAGAAAUUGCAGUAAUUGCAUAGAGAGAAAGAGACAACCUUCGGAGAGAGAAACUCCGGUGACAAACCCCGCAUUCUCUCAUCUAUAUAGGGCGGCAUCCAAGCCUCAAACGUGGCUCGAUCCGCCGAAUGCAGAAUGAUCAAUUAUAAUUUAAUGCGGAAUGCUCCGAAGGAUAUCGCGUACUUUACAUUCUUUAUACAUUAAAUUUCUUUCGUUAAUUACUGGGAUAGAACGCGUGUAGGGAGAACUACGCGAUUCGUUCGAAAUCGCCGCAGAGGCAUCCGCAAUACGUUCGAAAUUCUCAACUCGUCGGUUUCUAAAUGUUUAUUUUUGUAUCCGUCUUCACCGUUAUUGGACUAUUUGUAAGAUAAAAUCUUUUUUACUUUUAUUUUUUAUUUAUUUUUUUUUUUUUAGAAACUUGCGUUUUAGCAGAAUUACAUUUUGAAUUGUGAACCGGACUCGAUCUCGCGCGGUCACGUUGCCGGUGCCGAAUGCCAGAUGAGAGUAGGUAUAUGGAAAAACGAAAGUAUUUUACCUUCACUUCCUACGACUCGCAGAAGUCGUACGAAUAUCGUUAGCUCUCGAGCCAAUCGGCCGCGAACAGCGCGCGCCGGCCAAACAACAGCCCACGUUAGUGUGCCUCGUAUUUCUCGCGUGUCGGAGUUUUUUUUUUAAUCUUUUUUUGUGUGUAAAGUAGGAAAAAGUGUCUUUCGCCGCGCCUCGUCUACGGCAGACGUCGAUAUAUUGCAGAUUAUUAUUGGAAACGACGAAGGGAGGCCAUAAUUACCCGUCGUCGAUUAUACGCGCAUGCCAUAUGUAUAAAAUUACAUAUAUGUAUAAUCAUGUAUAUGUAUAUACCUAUAUGAGAUAUAU